UAGUUGUUGUAACUAAAGGCUAAGCUUCAGUUAUGGCGUAGCAACGGUGGAAUAACACUCGGAAGAGAAGAGAGACGGUGAUCGGAGAUAUAGAUUGAGGAUGGGAACGAGACAAGUAUACGAAGAGAAGCUUCGCCGUGGGAAUCUUGAUUAUGAUCCGACUAUGAAUCCUGGUCUUGGUUCUGCUCGCUGUCCUCGUUGUCUUUCUCUCUUAAACCCUAAUUCUGAGAAAGGAGAGUGGACGAUAACUCCAGUUUUGCACGAUGCUGCUGCAGUGGCUGGUUCUGGUAUUGGUGGCUUGCUUAGUGCCGUACAUGCUUUCAAUACAGGGAUCCCCUAUCUUCAAAAUCGGUUUCCCGGGUCAAAGCGGCUCUCCUUUCUUGUUGGGGUUCCAUUGCUGCUAGUAUAUUCAGGUGUAGGGGCUGCUUUUGGAGGUUAUGCACUUCCAAAGUUUGCUCAGCUGACAGUUACCUCGUAUUAUGCAUCUUCAAGUGCUUCACAUUAUGGAAUUUCUAUGCUCACCCGCCGUAUCGAAGAAGCUCAUCUCUCUCGAACGCAGAAAGAAGAGGCUGAGUUUGCACCGUUUGGUCCUUCCCCGUAAGACAGCGACUGUCCUGUUCCACGGCUAAAGACUUAAGGCCUUGGUCAUAUGGACUUCAUUCAAAGUCUGUUCUCUUGAGGCAAUAAGAAAAAAACAUGGUCAUGUGCCGCGGCUCCUAACUACUCUUUUUUUUUUUUUUUUUUUUUUGAAGUCCAUUAUUAUAUUUUGAUCAUGGUAUAUGGGUAGAGAGAGAGAUGGACAAGUAAAUAUGGUAUACAGCUUGUUGUUGUUGAUGAUUCUCUUUGAAUUGCCCAAAAAAAGGUUUGAAAAGAAACUAAAGAAGAAAGCUUUUGAGGAAAGGCUUUAGCUUUAGGUUCUGUGUGUUGAGAAAGAUGUGAAAGCUCUCUGUGGCUAACUCUACAUUUGUAAUCAUGGACCACUUUCACUUCUCAACUCUCUCUCUCUCUCUCUCUCCCCUUUUGUCUUGUCCAUUGUCUUCAGUGAUCCCCACAGUCACCGAAUCAUCAUCAACAUCUGCAUUUACCCAUCCUUCGUUGCCUCUUGAUUCGGUAAAAGACCGUUUAAUUAGACAGAGACCCUAAGCAUUUUGUAUCUAAAGAGGCUUCUGGGUUUUUAAUGGUUAAGACUUAAGACACAAUUUUGACUUCAAUUUCUCGACUGCAACAACAGAGAGAAAGUACGUGUGACUUCUAUGGCCCUUAUAUUAAUGUUCCUCUUUCUCUGAAAGUUAUAGAAGAGUCUUGAAGGAAGCCAUAACAGAAGAACUCAGAAGUGAACAGAUGAAAACAAACAAAAAAUGAUAAUAAUUGUAUCAUUCACAUUUCACACACACG